UCAGGCAGCUGCUAGGCUGCGAUUACAGCAGCUCCAGCACUUCACACUCCCCUGCUGGGCUGAGCACACGGCAAGAUGAAGGCGGCUCACUGGUACCGGCUGAGCGCUGCCUUCCUCGCUGCUUACAGCUUCCUAGUGGUCGCACACAAUGAAACGGAGGAAAUUCAGGAUGCAACAGCCAGGGACGCCUGCCCGGUGAGACUGGAGAGGAGAGGAAGAUGUGAGGGAGAGGAGUGCCCCUACCAGGUGAGCCUGCCCCCGCUGACUCUUCAGCUCCCCAAGCAGUUCAGCAGGAUCGAGGAGGUGGUCAAAGAAGUUCAGAACCUCAAGGAAAUCAUACACAGCCUGAGGAAAUCGUGUCAAGACUGCAAACUGCAGGCUGAUGACAGCCGAGACCCGGGCAGGAAUGCACUCCUGCUACCCAGCACCGGGGCCCCAGAACUGGCUGCCGACAACCGAGUUGAAGAACUAGAGAGCCAGGUGAACGAGCUGUCUUCGGAGCUGAAGAAUGCCAAAGAGGAGAUCAACAUACUGCAAGGUCGCCUGGAGAAGCUGAAUCUCGUAAACAUGAACAACAUAGAGAAUUAUGUCGACAGCAAAGUGGCGAAUCUAACCUUCGUUGUCAAUAGCUUGGAUGGCAAAUGUUCAUCGAAGUGUCCCAACCAAGAACAAAUACAGUCACGUCCGGUUCAACAUCUAAUAUAUAAAGAUUGUUCUGACUACUAUGCAAUAGGCAAAAGAAGCAGCGAGAUCUACAGAGUGACACCUGAUCCCAAAAAUAGUAGCUUUGAAGUUUUCUGUGACAUGGAGACCAUGGGGGGAGGCUGGACAGUGCUACAGGCACGUCUCGAUGGCAGCGUCAACUUCACCAGAACCUGGCGGGACUACAAAGCAGGCUUUGGCAACCUCAGACGAGAAUUCUGGCUGGGGAAUGAUAAAAUCCAUCUUCUGACCAAGAGUAAGGAAAUGAUUCUGAGGAUUGAUCUGGAAGACUUUAACGGUGUCAAACUGUAUGCCACGUAUGAUCAGUUUUACGUAGCUAAUGAGUUUCUCAAAUACCGUUUGCACGUUGGUAACUAUAACGGCACAGCUGGGGAUGCCUUACACUACAACAAACAUUAUAACCACAAUCUCAAGUUUUUCACCACCCCAGAUAGAGAUAAUGAUCGAUAUCCCUCCGGCAACUGUGGGCUCUACUACAGUUCUGGCUGGUGGUUUGAUGCAUGUCUUUCUGCAAACUUAAAUGGCAAAUAUUAUCACCAAAAGUACAAGGGUGUCCGUAAUGGGAUUUUCUGGGGCACCUGGCCUGGUAUAAGUGAUGCACAGACUGGUGGCUACAAGUCUUCUUUCAAAGAGGCCAAAAUGAUGAUUAGACCAAAGCACUUUAAGUCGUAAGUCUCUAGUGCUCAUUUCUCCAGGCAUCCAUGAUCUAACAGGGCAAUUAGUUCUUUCAGCAUUUUGAAACAAGCCUUGUUGCAUCCAUAUUGUUUUUCCGUGGCUAACAUUUCCUUCAAGUGGCAGAUUUUUAAUGCUACACGGCAUUGGGAAUAAAGCAGAGUCCCUUGUGGUUAUUAAGCUGUUACUCAAUGAACGCUUGUGAGCCCCUGGGAAUACUGAGACUUACACAUUAGAUUUAUACUUUUUAAGAUGCUCAUUAAUUAUAAAGUUUUCUAUUACUCGUGCUAGUUGCUACAUACACAAAAACAAUUGUCAGGAAGCCAGCUUCUGCACACAUAAACUGCAUUUUGGCUAUGACUUUUGAAGGCGUAUCACUCUUUUCAAGGUACAGACAGUAAUUUGGGUAUUUUCUCUAAAUAGCAUCACCUUCCAUCUACCUGUAUUUAAUUUAUGGCCUUCACUUUGGGUCAGGAAGACUAUAGCAUUUUAACUCCAAACAAAGGGAAAUAACAGAUAAUAAUAUUCAUGAUAUGUAAAAUAUUUGUUACUAGAAAUAUUUUUUCAGUGUGGUAGCCUAAUGUCCAUUCUAAGAAGUAUUCAUGAAACAAUGUAACCUUACAGACCACAGUUCCAAGAAAAUGCAUUCACAGUUUCUAAGUCAUCAGAAGUUUGAUGGUGGAAGCUGCUUUGACAUAGUAUGUUCUUCAAACUAAAACUAUUGUGCACACAGGGCAGAAGAUUGUGCAAUGCUGUGCUAGACUACUGGGAGGUUGUCUUUGGGAGGAAUAGGUGUGAGUUAGGAAUGACAUUUAUCUAUAGGCUAUACCACUGUGAAGGCCAGCUGUAUAGCCAAAGCAACAUCAUUAAGUGAUUCACUUCUUAGAAAGCUAAGACUUCUUAGAACAAAUUUAUUUAUUAAAAAUAUAUGAAUUUCAAAAUUUAUAAAAUAGUUCAUUUAUUAUCUAUUCCAACUCUGACAGAUCGCUUAUUUUGUUAUCAGAAAUUCAGAUGGGUGUUUAUUUUUUUAACCAAGUAAAAAGUAUCUAAAUUUUUUAUAAUUCUUUAAUUCUGCAAUAAUAAAUAUACCUAAAAGAUUAAAAAUGUAUUUGGUUUCAUCCUUGCAAGGGGUCACUUCAAAGAGGAGCAGUAUUAUACUGUGUAUUCAAAAACACUUACAUACAUUUUGAAGUAAUCCUCUGUAUAUGUGCAAGUCACAGCAAUAAGUAUGACAUUUCAUUUCUGGUGUCUGUCUCUACUAUGCUAAGUUUUCAAAAUAUAUUCACAAAAAUGUACUUACCUGUCAUUCAGAAUGAUAAUGAUAUCAAGUCAUUUUCAAAUGUCAAUCCCUUAUAGAAAACUUUAAUCAAGAAGAAAAUAUUCUUUUCAAAAUACAUAACACACAAAGAUUUCAGGUAAACAUGAUAAAAAAGUAAGUUAUUACAAAUACUAUUAUUGUUAAAGCAAGAGAACUGAAAGUGGACUUAAAUGAUGAAAAAAAUUAAAACUAUUACAGAUUUCAAAGGCUAUGUAUCCAUUCACUGAAUGCUAAGUGUACAUGUUAUAACUCAUUGUAUUUCUCUUUUUUUUUUUUAAAGCUAGGGAAAAUUGAUGUUUGCUUCAAUAUCCAUAUAUGUAUUUGUUUCAGAUAAGAGCAUUUUCAUUUACUAUGUAUUAAGUAAAUUUCUGUGAUCAAAAAUGGACUUAACACAAAACACAGUUCUAAAGAAAAAUAGAUUUCCAGAGAAAGUGGCCUGUGAUUUAAUAGGAAUGUGUCUUUUCAGGAGAAUGUGGCAAAUAAUUCAUUAACUGAUGUAGAUAGUCUCAAAAGCUUGUUUUUUUAAAAAAAGCUAUUUUAUGUCAAAGAAUCAAACUUUUUAUUUUCUAUUAUACUUUUAUAACACUUUUCUAAUAAAUUCUGUAACAUAGAAAUUCCCUUCAUUUCAUGUCACCCAUUAUAAUGUAUUCUGAACUUUGGUCAUCUUUAACAUGUUAGUGGAAAUAUACCUGAGUCUUUUGCCUGAAUUAUUCACUAAUAUAUGCUAAUGUUCAUAAAUAUGGAUUAACUUUACAAAUAUGACAUUUAAAAUCU